AUGGGUGUUGUCGAGGUCGUUCCGGUUGAUCAGGCCGAAGGGUUCCUAGUGACAGCAUCCACCGAGGCUCGUUGUUGUUGUUGGCUUGUCGCAGUAGUAGUCGAGUGGUUCGAGGUAUCGAAGAGGUCAAAAAUGUGUAACGAAAGCGAGACACAUCACGGUUUCAUCACGCGAGGACCCUUAGUCGAGCAAAGCAAAGACCAGCAAGUCGGAGUAACUGCCGAUCCUUGUCUCCCUUGGAACGCUCCCACGACCUUUCCACCUCCGUACCGAAAAUCAAGAAACCGUGUGCAAGUGGCUGCGAAUCCUUCCCCUCUGGAGCUCGAACGAGCCAAUCCAACUGGUUUUGUUCAAAAACCUAAACAGAGUUCGGGACCCACUUCGUCUGGGCCGAUAUCGCCUAUUCCACCUGUCAUCCUUUUUUUAAAACCUUGUCAUGAGCAAGGAGUGCCUACGGAUCCGUCUUUCGUCAUAGAGAUCCAGGCAGGCAUACCAUCGACCCCGGUUCAGAUGGUCUAG